AUGAAGCAGCAGCACGGUGCCCGAGACUCGGACACACGACCGUGCCAGUGCCCGGAGCGCUGUGCCUUCCAGGCACGACUGCAGGACUUGCUGACUCGGAGCUUUUCCGAGGCAUCUCUCCUGCAAGCAGCCACAAAUCCAGUCAGUGACACGGAGCAGAGACCCCUGAGAGUGCCCAAGCUGGCCUGGGUGGAGGAAGAGGAAGAAGGCCCUGGAGCUGCCCCAGCACAGGAGAAGGAAGAGGUGGUGCCGUUCAAGCCACUGCAGGAGGAUGCAGCCGUGGAGCGCACACAAGAGCAGCAAUCCAGCCGUGGCCUCUUCCACAGAACAGCACAGCUGGUUUGCAAAUUAAUCAAGAGAAUUCGGGAGGAAGAGACCAGCACCGCGGGCACUGGGCUCAGAGCAUACUCGCACAUCUUCAAAACCAAGACCAGUGCUGCCCUGCUGGAUAUGCUUGUAGAGGAGGGCUUUUGCAAUCCAAAGCAAGUGCCCGCCAUGGUCAGGUACAUCCACCAGUGGCUCACAGCCAAUCAGUUUGCUGAGCACAGGCUGAACAGGACCCUGCUGGAUCUCACCGAAGCACAGCCCGCUGACGUACUGGUGACGCUCCUGCGUGUGGCCCCAUCCUGUGACAGAGCUGCUCUGACCAUGUGGAAGAGCAUCAUGUGCUCGCCCAGGACUGCGGAGCCUGCGCUGCUGAUACUCCUGGAUGUGCUGGGGAGCUGGCCCGAGCACAGCAUGUGCACCUCCGAUGGGGACAAAACGGGUGUCUUGGCCCUGGCUGCCACUGUGGUGAUGUGGAAGAUCCUCCAGGUGCCCUGUGUCCCACACAUGGUGACGGUGUAUUUCCCCCGCCUCUUUGUGCAUCUGCUCUUCCAAGUGUUCUUCACCACUCUGGAUAUGCCAGAGGAGGUCCAUACCUUCUGGAAGGGGUGCCAAGAGCAAUAUGACCUUGCCACCAGCCCCAACAGGUUUGCAGUGCGGACCCUGAAGUCCCUGCUCUGCCGAAUGCAGCACGAGGACGUGGUGGUGGCGAUGGAAGCACCAGCGUGUGGCUGGGACACGCUGCUGUGUGCUGACACCCACCACUAUGCCGUGGCUCUGCUGGCCAGGGAGAUGUCCUGUGUCUCCAUCUCCUUGUGUUCCCGCAUCGCUCGCUACCUGCUCCGGCUGCUCCGCACACAGGAGCCACGCUGGGAGCUGCCCGCCCUGGCCUUCCUUGCGGAGGUCCUCGAGUUCCUGGACUUGAGUGAACGCGGUGCUAAGAGAGUCCUGCAAAUCUUGUCAAGGCACCUGCGGAGUGAGUGCAGGGAGAGGCGUCGUCUGGCACUCAGGGCCCUUCUCGAGUUCACUGACGAGCCCUCCAUGACCAAAAAAAUGUGGAGCCUGACUGAAAGCCUUGUGGAGCUCCUGCAGGACGCAGAUGGAGAGAUAGUUAGCAUGACGGUCAUGCUACUCAGCUUUAUUAUUUUGGACAAUGACACGCUGAUACCUGGCCCCAUCACACUGCAGCUGGUUGAGGCGCUCCUGCCACUCUUUGACCAUGACAAUAACCAGGUGCAGCUGCUCUCCAUACUGCUCUUCCGAACAUUGGUGACGCUUCCACAGAAAAAGGAAAAAAAGGCCCUGAAGACACCCCUGCGGCAAAGCCUGCUGCCACUCUUCUUCCACUGCCAUGAUGAGAAUCGGCUUGUGGCACAGGUUUCUCAGGAAACGCUGCUUUGUGUGGCCGAGUUCCUGAAGAGGAGGGAUCUUGAAAAACAGCUGAAGAACAAGAAGCUGUGGAAGUUCACCGAGUGCCUGCUGGCAGAGGACACGAGCCGAGCGGCCGAGCACCUGUGCCGGGCCCUGCCAUACCUGCGGAACCCACAGGAGUCCCUGCGAGCGGCGGCCAUCAGGUUCACGGCUCAGCCCCAGCCCCGCCCGCUGCCCCGGCAGCGCCGUCCGGGCCUGGCGCCCCGGAGCCCCGCCUGGGCUCGGCGCUGCUGCCGGCCUCUGGCAGCCGUGCCCUCGGGCGGCAGCGUGCGGCGUGGCCCGGGCUGA